AUGCUCUCAUCAUGUGCUCAAACCUCAUCAUCUGUUGAAAAUUCAAUGGACGAUUUAAAUCCAGAAAUUUCAAUCAAAAUAAAUAUGUUGUGCAAAAAUAUUUUAUAUGAAUAUUCUGAAAUGCAAAAUUUGGAGGUAUGUAUUUAUUUAAGUUCAAUUUCCUCAAAAUAUUGCAUUUAUGAUUUAUAUUUGAAUAUUUAAUAUGUUUCUAUAGGAUAUUGUAUAUUCACUAAUAGAAGACAUUGGUUCCGUUAUUCGAAAUAGACAAAAAGAAUUUGUUAAAGCCAUGAUACAUGUAUCACUAGAUAGCACUUCUACUAGCAGAACAGAAGCCGGAAAAAUAUUUGCUGAACUUUUGGUUUACAUACAUAAAAAUGCUGGUGAAGUUCUUUCUUUGUUUGAUGUGAUUGGAGGGUAUUAUUUUUUUCAAAAUAAUAUUUUAAGUUAUUUAAUUUUCAAAUAAAUGUUAGAAAUCAGAAAAUAAGUAAUCAAAGCAGGACCACUGAAUUACCUGAUUUUCAAACUUAUUUCCUCAUUUUGUCUUUAUUUAUUUUUAAAAUUACAUUUUAAGUAAGGCAUGUUAUUUUUCUAUUUUGAUAAAACUAAAACAGCUAUAAGACAUGGCUAUUAUUAUAAAAAUUGAGAAAUAUAGGAUAAGAUAAAUUAAAUUACUUACAUACAAAUAUUGGCUGUUUCCUAAUAAUUAUCAAUUGUAGAAUGAACAUAUUAAAAAACAAUGUAAAUUAUCACACUAAAAAUAAAAUAAUUAUAUUGUAAUUGAAAUUUGAAAUAAAUAUUUAUAUUUUGUAACAAUAAUUUGUAAUUUAAAAUUUAAUUUAAUUUAAUUUUUUUCUAUGAAUGCAAUCUGCAAAAUUUUUAGAAAACAAUAUGUGGCCUGUUGCAUAAAAAUGUUGAAGAUCCCUGAACUAGGGUAUAGAAUUCUACCUCAUAGUGUACUUGGAUAAUAUUAGAAUUAUUUUGUCAGCUAUUAUUUUAUCAAUUAUUUGCAUCUAUUUCCCAGUCUUGCAACAAUAACAUAAAUAACAAAUUAUAAUAAGCUGUUUUUUUUAUGUAGAUUUGAUGAGAUCCUUAAAAACUGGAGUGAUUAUUUGAUUGAUUAUCCACAAUUCUUGGAUUAUAUAAGUACAAUUUUUGGUGAGAUUUUUCUAUAUUGUUAAGUCAAAUUAAUUUUAAAUCUAAAUCUUUGCAUUUAAAAUAUAUGUAUUUUUUUUUUUUUUGUAGUUCCAUUGUUUACAGAAACUUUUGAAAUUGAUGAUUUGAGAAAUUCUUGUAUAUCUGUAUGUCCUGACAAUUCCAGUAUUCUCUUCAUUAAAAUAUUACAAACAAUUAAUUCAAGUUUGAAAGAACCACAUUAUAUGACUGAAGUAAGUUAUUUUGUGAUUAUGGUUACUUUUAUAUUUAUUAUUGUGAUAUUAGUAAUCACUAUACAUAUCAUCAUAGUUAAUAAUACUUUUUAUGUGAUAGGAGUUACAUUUUUAGUUUAUUAUUUGUAUUUCUUUUAUUCUACUCUUAAUAUAAACUCUUUAUAUAAACCAUACAAAUUAAUUGUACUCUAUUUAAAGUUAUAGUAAAUACAUUUUUAAUGUUUAAUUUAUAUAGGGUUAGUUUUUCAUUGUUAGUUAACUAACCAUAAGUUAAUUUAAUCUGUAAAUUGAAGUUCCUAAUAAUUAUCCAAAAAAUUUACUCCAAAUUUAAUUUUACAAUUGUUUGUAUUUUGAUUCACAAUAUAAACUGUUAAUAUUACAAUGAAUAUAUUUUAGUAAAGCUAAACCAUUUAAAUGUAUUUGUCCCGAAGAAUUUCUCAAAUAUGUUUUCAAAAGAUGGAGUGUUGAAACGGAUCAUUCUCCCAUAGCAGUAGACACUGGAAGUGUUAAAAAUUUUUAAAGAAGUUUAGAUAUUACUGGAUAAACAUCUGAACUAGUUUGGAAGUAUACUUAGUACUAGUAUUUUUGUUUUUGAGUUAGGCAGAUUUUAAAUUUGAAUAUUUAGUGUACUAAAAAUCAAAUUCUCCAUUUCAUAUAUGAUCAUUUAAAUUUGAAUCGUUACAUUCAAUUAUUUCAAGAUAUGUUUCUACUAAUUAUUUGAAUUUAUCUUUGAUAUCUGCAGAUAUUUUCAUUUCUAUCUUAGGUAAAAUACAUUCAAAAUUAUUCAAAACAAUUGAUGUGCGAUAAAAAUCUUUCGUUUAAUUGGUUUAUUCAAAUACCUAUGUAAGGUAUGAAUACUUAAAAAAAUAUUCCGAAUCAUUUGAUUUAGAUUGAUGUGGCAAACUAACAGUAAUAUCAAAUUUUUCACAGACAGUUGUUAAGUUAUUAAGAAUAAAAAUAAUUGUUAAAAACUACAUCGUAAUUUUCUCUAAUAUCCUGAAUAUUAUUUUAAACAUUAGCAGCUUUUAAUGCAGUCUUUAAAUCAAGAUUUAUUGUUUGAAGAUAUUGGUCAAGUGGAAAACGUAUGGAAAGUAUUUUCAUUAAAAUAGAUUAAGCUGUUUGAUAUUUUAACUGUUUAUCUCAGUAAGAAGGUGACUUGUAGAACUAGAAAUGUCAAAAUCUGUCCAAAGUGUAAUUUUAUCUAGUGCAUGUAAAAUGGUUGGUUGAAUUUCUUCGAAUAAUACUUCUUCUAGUAGUAUUAGUAAGUACUUCUUCUAUUGAUAAUUGCAAAAUACUUUGUCUUUUGGAUAAUCAAAAGCGAUAACCAUAGAUCUACCUAUUAUUAUAAUACACACACUACACUGGACUGGACAUGUAUAUUAUUAAUUUGUAUUAGUUGUGUAAACUGUAAAGUGUCAUAACACUUUAUUCUUUUUUUAAAUUAUUAGAAUUUUUCUCUUUUAAUUUCUUCUUUUAUUUUUUAUUUCGGGUCCAACCCCUCCUGGAUACCCCACUGGUUGACAUUAGUUAAUAAGUAUUGUUAAGUAUUGUUUAAAUAUUUUAGUAUAACAAUAUAAUAGUUUCCAACCAUUAUAUGUUAUUAUUAAGUUAUAUCAUAUACCAAAGACAUAAUUACAUUAUUAAUACAUAGUGUUUACAUAUUUAGGAAAUUGGUGGAAUUAUAUGGAUGUGUAAUAAGUGGAAAAUGUCUGAUUAUUUCCCUUUUGAAAAAUUCUUGUCUGUUAAACAUGUGAAUACAUAUUUUAAAAAUGAUGUAAGUUUAAAUAUUAAGUAUUAAUUUUAUUAAAUUUAAAUAUUGGUUAUUACAUUUUAGGAAGUUGGAUCAUUUAUUUUGUCUUUAACUUUCUACAAUAAAAUGAUCAUGUUUGAUAACAGAUAUGUGAGUUAUAUAUUGCGAAAUUGGAUACAUGUAAGUAAAAUUAUUUUCUAAACAAGUUAAAUAAUCAGAAUACUUUUUUAAUGUAAGUUGGCAAUUUCUGGGAAGAUUUUACUCACUAGGUGUCAAAAUGUUUCCUUAUAUUUUGAUGUUUGACUCCUUUAAUGAAAUAACUAGUUACAGUACAUUGUAUCUCAUAAAAUGGUUAAAUCAGAUCUUUUACUGAACUAUUUUAAAGUCAAAUACUUCUUUGUUUAAUUUUGACCAAAUCUAAGCAUAUUUAACUUAUUUUAAGACAUUCAAGAAUAUUUCAAGACAUUUUUUCAUUAAUAUAUCAGUUUUUUUAAUUAAAUAUGUACUGUAAAAAUGUUUUUGUUGGAAAUAUUGUUUAUCUCUUUCCUCUAUAUGUGUAGUACUUCUUUACUAGUUUACUAGUUUAAGAAUAUUAGUAAAAAAUGCCUACAUUUUAUUUAUGUUUAAAGGAGAAUAUCAGUGAAGAAAUAAUAGAAUAUCCUCAGUUCAUGUGUGCUUUAACAAUUUCAAUUCUUAUGAUCUUAAGACAAAGUAAGCCUGUAUUUGAAUUUAAAAUGUUUAACUUUUUACUAAUUCAGUUUUGAAAUUAUAAUAAUCUAAUUAUUUAAACUAUUUAAAUGAAGAUUUUUCUGAUAAUAUUGAAGUUUAUUUAUCAACCUGGUAUUUUAUAAAAUAUUACCGAAAGAAAACUGUAUCUAAAUAUAAAAUGUCUGACCGAGAACUUCAAUGCUUAUACGGAAUAGAAAUAAUGUAUGCUGUGAUGGAAUAUCCCAAGGGUUAGUAACUCCCCUAUCUUACUGUGAUUUAUUUUAAUAAAUAUGAUUUUAUCUUUUUAUUAGGUGUGAUAUUAACACUUUUCAACUAUCUUCACAAAAACAAUUUAGUAAGCUUAGAGACAUUUAAUCUGUUGAAGAAAGAACAUAAGACUAAAGUUUGUUAUGGCAAAGAACUCGAAACUAAUAUAAUGUUCAUUGCAGAGUUGGAUUCAUUUUUAUCAACAUUUUCAUUAGAUUCUUCCAAUUCUAAAACCUAA